AAUCCAUGCCGAGAAGAACAACACCGACAAUGUCGGCAAUGUCGACAACAGCGAGAAAGUUCAGGGGACAAUAUCGACGUCCCUCAAGCUCACUGAUGAAAACGUCAAAAACAGAACGAGCAAAGUACGAGAAGUAGUGGCAUCCGCGAUGAAAACGCCGGAGAAGCGAGAACAAAUCGGCGAAGUAAUACCAAUAAUACGUAGCAUGUCGCCACCGCAAAAGCUGGCGAUGGCGACGUUAAUUUCGACGAGAAUAUCCAGUAACGACACGACCUCACCGCCACUUGAGGAAGUCCGGUCACUUCUCGGCGGCGGAAACAGAGAAAACGCGAGCAGGGAACUGAUGCUGCCGAUCAGUAUGGACAUAGCGAAGAUCAUAUCCAACGAUUCCGACUCCGAGGAGAGCGAGGACUCGGACUCGGACGAGGUGCCCGAAGCGUUACCUGAAGCCCAAGAACUGCGGUUAGUGAGGCCUCAAGAUCGACGGCGACCCGUGUUCGUGAAACCAGUGCGGCCCGUGAGACCGUCUCUUCCGAACAGGCGGAACGUUUACACAGGUUUAUCGAGGCCGCCUGUCAUGCGACCGUCUAAGCGGCCGAGUGAGCCGAAGAGGAGGCCCUCGGAAAACGAAUGCACUUUCUUCACAAAGACGGUGUGUCUCGAGGCCAACGAUUAUCCGCACGAGGCGAUAAUAAGAAGUUUAAGAUCCAAUAAGGAAAUGGUAUCCGCAUUGUUGACCGAUUACAAGGCGCAAGACGGAAGCGCGGAAGAAAAAUUGCCGAGUGCCCUAUCGUUGGAGAAUAAAUUCGAGAACAGAUAUGAGAGCAAUGAAAUUAAAAGACGAUCUGACAAUCCCUUCGACAACGUGGAGGAGGGUUUCACUUGUCCGUCAACUGUCAAAUACGCUCGCCCGCAAUUAGCGAGAGCUGCUUCUGGAGUAUGGAAAUACAUUAUAAACACAGGUGAACACACCCAGACGAUACGACUGGAGAAAUGCUCCAAUCCACAGUCAAGUUGCUCGUUUAUCUCCGAGAACUACCGUUCCUCCUGCGUGCAAAUCUACAACUAUCACAGACUGCUGACUUGGGACCAGAAACUAGGACUACACAUGGACAUAUUCAAAGUUCCGACCUGCUGCAGCUGCCACGUGCACGGCUAUUCCGAGAUUUUCCCGCCGCAUCAGAAGGAUCCCCCGAUGAAGCCCAAGGAGACGUUCCCGGGUGCGGAUUUCGCGACGAUCAACGAUCACAAGGAUGACUUUCAGGAUCUCAACAAGCCCGUUGUCCUCAAUCAUAUUACCAAGUACACUCCCACCUUGAGCUACGAUUCCAUCCACGUAUCCAGCAACAAGAAGCCGACGCUGGAGGUCAGUCCAACGAGUAGACCCAGCUUUACUCUAUUUAAUAGAACUAGACCGAAGAAGCCCGCGUCGAUCCCACGGCCAUACGACAAGUUGCCGCAACAGCACGCGCCCAAUACCCGAGCACCCGGCUACAAAGGUCCAUUGACCAAGAGCAGCAGGCCCAACCGACUCAACAGGCCACCUUUCAGACGAGAAUCUACCGCCCACGAGGAUUACACGGAGACUUCUCGUAACAGCACGGCCAACCGGUACAGUCAGCCGUUCGACCAGGACGUGGAUGCCACGUCGAGACUGCAGAACGGAGGCUUCGACGACGAAUACCAGGAGCCGCAGAGGAGAAUCAACUAUAACUAUCACCCAAUUAUAGACUUUUUCAAACCGGAAGCUUCCAUGCUGCAAUCCGCGGAACCACAACUUGCCACCCAGUCGGCACCGGUUCAAAGCGACAAUAACGCGUGGAAACCGAUGAUAUCUUAGAUCGUAGUGUUCUUUCUUCGGAGUACCUGACAUUCUACUGUAAUGAAGAUUCCAAAUCACGUAUUUCGCGAGACUCGCGUUUCUUACAUUAAUAUUUACAAUCGUGAGAGAGUAUUAUUUCCUAGAGGAACGCAUCCGUGUUCCGUGCGCUAACAUGUUCAUUAUUUACGAGCCUUUUUAAGGCUCUUUUGAGUCGAGUUCAAACGAAAAGGAAAAAAAAGAUCCAAAAUUUAAUUAAAAUUAUAAGUAAAACCUAGCUAUACGUUUAUCUGAUAUGUAAAUAUCUUGCAAGGCAUCAUAAAAAUUUAACCAAGAACUUUAUUUAAUUCUCUUUAUCGUUUAAUUAGGUGACGCAAAGAUACAAUGGGUGAUAAAUUCUUAUUCGGAUAUUACACGAAAAGUUCUUUGUGUAGUAAUAACGAGAAGACAUCAGAUGUAAGAGUAUUAUGGCCAAAAUGGGCAGAUGCAAUGAUCGUUUAAUUUUCUUUUUGGACUUUUGGACAUGUUCAUCUUGAUCUGAUAUUUAUUAAUUGUUACCUCUCUCUAUGAAUUAUUUAUAAAUUAUACUUAAGGAGUUUACGAUAUAUGAUUGUGUUUUGUAUCACCAAUAAAGUAUUCUUAGAUUGUUCUUUUUUAAUCUGAA